UGUUGCUCGCUCUCUCGUCUUUCUCACACACACACACUCAUGACACACUUGCUGAGGAAGUCGGAGGUUCUCUCUGGGAACAGAGCAGCGAAGCAGCAGCAGCUAUCAGAGAGGAGCAAAGGCAGCACUGAGGUGUCACUACAACCAUAGAAAAUGGCAGUGAAGCCAACAAGAGGCCAUGAACCACUGUGAAUAAACCUGCAUACCAGAAAGCCACUCAGAAACCCGCUCCGUGCCCAACAGCAAUCAAGCACAGUGCUGGGUUGCAAUUCUCAGUAGCUGCAUUUGAGACAAAACAUAUGCUGGUCAACCAAUAUCUUGCAUUUUGGAUAAAUAUUGUGAAGUAUGAGCGAUAAGAUUGCUGUGAUCAAGUCACAGGAGAGUUGAAAGCUUAAAGGUUUUCAACGUCAGAAUACAGUCAGUCAGCAGCUAAGAAAGUGGAAAAAUUGGCAAUGCUGGAAGAAAGGAAUCACAUGUAGGCAAAAUCUAAAAUCACAUUUCACCAUGGAGACAGUGAGAUUGGACUGUGUGCACCUUAAUAAAUGGGGGCCUCUCAACACUCCGGGUGAACAUAUUAAAUGACAUUAAAUGUGAGCUUAAGGCUUUUCAUGUGAAUGUUCUCUUUUCAUAAAAUGAGCGCAUUUCACCACUUUAAAAACUGAAAAGAAAAAUCUAACAAUGGUUCACAUAAGGCUCCUGCCAUGAUGUCAUCUGGUUGUAUCCAGUGAAGCACCAGCAAUAAUGUUGUCAACAGUGAUGCUGGGUGUCGUCCUGUCCCUCCUCAUCCUUCUGACUGUUGGAGGUAAUGUGCUGGUGUGCCUGGCUGUCUGUGCCUCUCGACGCCUCCGCUGCCUGACUAACUGCUUCAUUGUGUCGCUGGCUGUGACAGACCUGCUGCUCGGUCUCUUGGUUCUCCCUUUCUCUGCCCUCCUCCAGCUCAACGACGAGUGGCCCCUGGGCCCGGUCUUCUGCAACUUCUACAUCUCCAUGGAUGUCAUGCUGUGCACCGCUUCAAUCCUCACCCUACUGGCCAUCAGUGUGGACCGCUACCUGGCUGUGACCAUGCCCCUGAGAUACACUUCACUGGUGUUGCCAUGGAGGGUUGCUGUGGCCAUGGCGACUGUCUGGACAGUGUCUGUGGCGGUGUCCUUCCUGCCCAUCCAAAUGGGAUGGAACACCGUUAACGGAACUGUACAGAACUUCGGGCCUUGGGCUUCAGAGAGGAGAUGUCGUUUUGAGCUGAACAAACCUUAUGUACUCACUGACGCUCUUCUCACCUUCUACCUGCCUCUGGUGGCUAUGUGCUGGACCUACCUCCAAAUACUCCGCAUUGCACGGGCACAGGCCAAGCGCAUUAUCAGUGCCAGACCCACUUGCGUCGCCAGCUAUAACUGCAGGAACAAUUCCUCUGCCACUACCACUACGGUUUCCACUGUUUCAGUGGUGGCACUGCGGGAGCACAAAGCUACAGUGACACUGGCAGCAGUCAUAGGGGCUUUUGUGGUGUGUUGGUUACCGUAUUUCAUCCUGUUCACAAUACUGGGCUUAAAGGAGCAUCCAGACCCGAGCACAGUACCAGAAUAUCCCUAUGUGUUGUGGCUGGGCUAUGCUAACUCAGCAUUCAACCCUAUCCUCUAUGGAUCCCUCAACAGGGACUUCAGGUCAGCAUAUUCACGUCUACUGAGAUGUCGAUGUCCUAUUUACAGCGGGAGGAGAAGUCGACAGCCAUCUCCCACUGCAGCAGCAGCCAGAGAGCAGCUUACAGAGGUGACACUGCUGUGCGGUCACACCCCUGCCACCUGCAGGGCGGGUGUAGCAGAUCAAAACGUCAUGCUUCAAGAAAUGAACAGCAGGACGGAAACAGCAACUAUCCAAUUUGCAAACGGCACUGCUGCCACAGAUGUCAGUGACAAUGAGAGGUUGUGCUGAGUCUGUUCUGGUGAGGUGGACGCUGUGCUCACUAUUCAACCCAGAACCAGAGUCCGUCACCCCGAGGAGAAAGAGUAAAAGACAGACAAAGAUGUACAGCCCCACUAUUUGGAAGCCACAGUAGAAACACCUACAAUACACCAUAACUCACUCAAGCCAUAAUUUAACAAACAAAAAGGAAAGGAAAUGGGGAUCUCAGCAACUCAACACCUCAUCAGUUAGAAUCAACCGUACAGGCACAGCCGGCCUCCCAAGACCAAACAAAUGAUGACACUCAACAGGAACGGAGCUAAAACUGAAGUCGUUAGCACAGUUAGCACACGGCAACCAACCGUCACACAGGGCGGCAUAUGGCCCUAAAAUGCUUUUGAGCUAACUGGAUAUACUGAAACUCUGCAGGACAGAAAGAGACCAGCCAAUUAACUUGUUGGCCAUCAACUUCAUGAGCUGCUGGACUUUUUUUUUUAAAAUGCUGACUCAAGAGUGCUCUCCAGUGGUAACUUGAAGUACCACAACUUCAGCUUGAACAAAAUACAUGGACAUUUAAUUAAAAAUGGAUAUUCCACAAAAUCACAGAAUGGGAGAAAGAGAUAAAUAGACUUUCAUUAGUUAUUGGUAUGUUGAAAUGUGUGACCUUUGAAUGUGUAGCAUGUAAAAUAAUGUUUAGUGUCGAUUUUGAAGGAUGAAGACGCCUCCAGAUGUUGCUUUACUGUGGAUCGCUCUGUGGUGAAAUGUUGGCAAAUACAUGCAUUGAAUCAUAUUGUAAAUAUAACUGGCAUGUACUGUUUCUCCAAAAUAAAUCUAAAAAAAUGGCAACCAUACAAAUAAAAGGCAGCAUUAAUAAAGAAUGUAUUACUCAGUAUAGUACCAUUCAUGGAGGCAAAAGGGACUGGGAAGCAUGGGUAGGUAUUAUCAUGUGGGAUGAUGCAGAAAAUGUGUGCGUGGUAAGGACAGAGAGACAGAUACAUUGGAAGCAAUUCAUCACAGCUGUCAGCACACAUGCUUUAAACUAUUGCCACAUUAACACUUAACCUUCCCCAUUCUUCAAGCUAUUUCCUUUGAGGAAUUGCUCAAACGUAUAUAUAUAAGUCCCCUUGUGCAGCCAAAACGGCUCAAACCCUUUGAGGUAUGGACUCCACAAGAAGGCGCUCUGAAGAAUCAAAGGUAUCAGGCACCAAGAUGUCAGCAGCAGAUCCUUUCGUGUUGUCAGGUGGGGCCUCCAUGGAUCGGGAAUAUUUUUCCAGCACAUCCCACAGAUACUCAGUUCGUCCAAGUCAAAACCUUGAACUCUGUCAUGUUCCCAAAACCAAACGUAAACAGUAUUUCACAGGGGGUUUCAUCCACUGAAAGGGGCCACUGCCAUCAGGGAAUACAGCUGAGACGAAGGGCAUUUGUGAUCUGCAGCAGUAGAGGUGCAAAGUGUCACAACUUAAUCCAAAUGAAUGACAAGACUCAAGAUUUCCCAUGAGAACACUGCCCAAACCACAGCGCUGUGGCGAUAGGUUUGGCUACGAAAGAUCCCAAACACACUGCCACCGCCAGCUUGCCUUCUUCCCAAACUGUGCAUCUUACUGCCAUCUGUUCUCCACAAAAACGAUUCAUCAGACCAAGCCCCUCCUUCCAUUGCUCCAUGGUCCAGUUCUGAAGCUCACAUGCACAAUGUAGGUGCUUUUGGUGGUGGGCAGUGAUAAACAUGGCCAGUUUGUGACUAUGCAGACAACACUGUGUGUUCUGACACCUAUCACAUCCAGCAUCGAGGGUUUCAGCAAUUUGUGCAACAGUAGCUCCUCUGUGGGAUUGAACCACACAGGCCAGCCGUCACUUCCCACAUGCAUCAGUGAACUAUGGGCACUCAUGACCCUGUCACUGCUUCAGUACGAAUAACUGCAUAUCGAGAAAUCCCACCAGAACUGCCUUUAUGGAAAUGCUCCGUCAUAGUCUGCUCAUCACAAUGUGGACCUCAUCAAAGUCGCUCAGAUCCUAAUGCUGCCCAUUUUUCCAGUUUCCAACACAUUAACUUUAAGAACCAUCUGUUCACUUGCUGCCUAAUGUAUCUCACCCCUUGACAGGAACCAUUGUAAUGCGAAAAUCAUGUAAUUCAUUUUACCUGUCAGUGGUUUUAAAUUUCUAGCUGAUCAGUGUUUGUAUACGUUUGCCAGGCACCAGCUGGAAACAACAGAUUUUAUAAUCCAUUCAACCAUAUAGAAUAAUGUAUUUGGCUUUUAUGACUAGGAUAGUCAUUCAGUUCAACAGACUGUUUUAUCUCUCAUUCACCCACCAGUGAGUAUAGCUCCACUAUGGUAGUUGACAUUUGAAAAGAUAUGUUUAGGUACUUUUUCCAAGUCUGCUCUUAUCAGUACUUACAUGCCAUAUCAGGGCUCCAGACUAACUUUUUUUCUGAGGAGCACAGUGGCCCCUAACUUAAAAUUUUAGGAGCGCAAGCAGAAAAUUUAGGGGCGCACAAAGUAAAUAUUCACAUUUCCUCUCAUUUUCACUGUAUUACAGAUAAAUACUUGCACAUAGCAGAAACUAUGUUUUCAAUUCACAUUUUAUAGUGCAGCAGUUGACACAACAUAACAAGAAUAUCACUCAGAGAGCGCAGUGCUCCGCCAAGGCUGCUCAGUUGAUGUAUAAUUUCUGACAGAUGAAAACUUUAAUAAAAAUGACCUUGUGCUGAGCACAGGGAUGUGUUAUACAUGUGCACAUUAUGUAUUUAUACCAAAUCACGUGUAAAUUACUCUUAUAAAGGUCUGCUGAUCAAUUCA